UGCUGCGCGCUCUAUGGCAGAAGCCUCUUCCUGCUUGCUCCAUGCUGGAGUUUUUGCAGAUGUGCCAAGGGGAUUCCUGAGAUCAGCCUUGGCUUUUCCCGGUCCCGCGAGGACCAUGAGCGCAGAGCAGGAGCUGGAGAGCUGCCUGAGGCAUUAUAAGGCUCUGGGGCAGGAGGAAGGCGCCAGGAGCACCUGCCAGGCUUUGCUCUUGGUCCUGGAGAAACUCAAGCAGUUUGCAGGAGGUUCUGUGAAGAGAUGUCGAGAGAAAAACCUGGAGGAGGCUUUUCAGCAGUUGGUGCAAGCAAGCAAAGGACUGGGGGAACUGAGCCGUGAGGAUUUUCUGCCUCUGCUCCGUUGCGUGCUCGCUUGUCAAAUGGAGACGGCGGGCUCCAGCGCUUUCCAUCGACUUGAGAAGAUUGUUGCAAAACUGUCAGAAGGGAACAACGGAUCCUUGGUCACGGAGCAGCUGAAUAGGUGCAUGGCCAGCCUGGCUGAAGACGAGGAGGCAAUGCCUCCUGGAUCGCUUCAGACAGUGUGCAUGUUUAUCGAGGGGAGUGUGCUGGGACGAUGCUACUGGAGAAGCAACCUGGUGCCUCUCCUGAGAUGCAUCGCUGCCACGUUUGAUGUGAUCAUGCAGGACCAGGUUGCCGGGAAUGAGGAGUGGCAGUACGUCACCGUGAAGGUGUGCCUGCAGCUUUUCAAGUGGAUGCCGGAAGAGAUUUUGCCCCUUGCGUGGGAAGGAACUGAGAACAGCAAAACCCUUCAAAGGAUUUUGAGCUCUCUGCUGCAAAGCAUUAUGGGAAAGGAAACCUGCAAGGAAACUCGGCUGCUGGCUGCGACUGCUGUGAGCAUGCUGGUCAACACAGCCCCAGAGCCCCAGAGAGGAGCCAUGGCUGUCCUGGGUCUCUAUCAACUUCUGGACCUCUGUGGUUGCUCCGUUGUGCAGAGACAAGAUGCUAAAGCAGCCAGCCACCCAGGAGAAUGCUUGUUUGGCACGCUUCGUGUGCCCCGACCUCCUUGGAGCCCGGAUGGGCUGGAGACGGUGAUACUCACCCGGGGCUUGUUAGCCUGUUGCAAGAAGGAGAUCCUGAGCUGCCGGCUGGAUGAUACCACGCAAGAGGCUUGUCUGUUGCUGGAUGUCCUGUUCCCAGCUCUUUUGGUCCUGAUGGAGGAGCCAGAUUACUACUGCUUCCAAGUGUUUUCUCUAUGGCUUCGACGCGUCCGAGAAAGUCUGGAGGAGAUCUGGGAAGGGAAGAGGAGCCGGGUGCUGGCAGACCAGUCUAGACUUCUCGAGAGACUGACCCAGUUCCUCUGGAACAAUGCAAAGAGCCCGGUGGAACGGGUGUCUGAUUUCAUCCACAGCUCCUUCCAGCUCCUCCUGGAGAUCUACAGCUUAGAGUGUGAUCAUUUUGAGGACCUGGAGAGACCCCUCUAUGGUCAGUUCCUCCAGAGAGUCAUCCUGAUCCCCUGGCAGGCCAGAGCCCGGUAUUUUCCUCUCAUUUCGGUUCUGCCCUACCUGGGUCCUGAAAAGGUUCUGGAUGCAUACAGAGAUCUCCCGCAGCACCUCUUGAACUGCCUGUCGACCAACCACUUGUGCCCUGCCGCCUCCGAUUUGUACAAAACGAUCCUCCAGCUGCAGCGCAAAGUUUGGGCCGAGAGGCGGGAGCAGGUCCCAGAGGAAGAGCUGGCUCGGGAGUGGGGCUGCUGCUGGCUUGCGGUCCUCUCCAGUGCCUUGACCUCUCCCUCCCCUUCCCUCCAGAGCAACGCCUCCAACUACCUCCUGGGCUGGACCUUGCGAGUUUUCCCAGCCUCUUACUCUUUGUUGGACGAGAGUUUUAGGAGCAGGGAGCCCUCUAAGUUGCGGGCCUGGGUUGCCUUGCUGAAUGCCCAGAGGACCAUCUCAGGGGCCUUCCCCUCCAAUGCGGAGACCCUCCAAAGGCUCCCCUCCUGCCUCUUCUCCAAGGAGGACAACGUCCGCUUGGCGGCGCUGAGCCUCCUCUGCUCCGCCCCCAGGACCAACCAGGCUUUGUCCGAGAUGGAGGCCCGGCUCCUGAAGGAAGCUUUGCCGCUGAGCUUGAACUGCGAUUCCUCGUCCUUCCGGCAGCUCCUCCAAACCAUGGUUAAGAAGGCCCUGGUCAGGCUGAGGGACAGCUCUCUUGCCCUGCUACGGAAGCAGGAAUCGGACAAGAAGGAACGCUGUGGUGGGAAGGAUCCGGAAAUGGCUUUGAAGCAAACCGUAGAUUUCGUUGAGUGGCUGCUGCAGCUGUGCAUCUCCUCCUUGACGUCAGGCUCCAACUUCCAGAGGAGGAAAACCGCCCUUCUUCUCCUGGCGGCCAUCAUGGAGACCUGCACAGACACCUGGAGCCCGGAGAGAAAAAAGGGGCAGCCUCCUCGCAAUAUGGCUGCGCUACUGAGCUGGGCAAGAAGCAAAGGCUGCUGGGACUUUUUCUCGAGAAGCAAUACAUUGGCACUGCUGAGCUGCUUGCAGGACAGCACAAACGAGAUCCGUGAUCUGGCGUCCGAGCUGCUCGUCCGCUACUUCCCACCUGCUUUCCCAGAAUCCAUUGCUGUGGCUCUCUUUGAACGGGCACAGGAAGCCAUGUGCAGCCCCAGAGUCCCAGAGGCAGAAGCAGGAGCGGUGCUGAUGAAAACCAUCCUCCAGAAAACAGACAACCUUGCGUUGGAACGAAUGUUGCCGGGGGCAAAGGAAGAUCUGCCUGGGACAUGUCUCUACCAGGCCUUCCUCAAUCAUCUGCUUGGCGAGUUGCGGACCCAUUUCGCCAGGGCUGGCCACGACUUGUUAUUGGCAGCGCACACCUCACCGAUACAUGGGGUGAUUUCUGCUCUGAGGCAAUGUCUGCUGGAGGUCCCAGAGGUGGCAACCUCAAUGUUGAAGCCAGAGCAGGCGGAGAGCUGGCGGCUUUUCCUUAGCAGUUUGGUGAAUGCCGUGAGAGACGUCAGCAAUUUGCUUUUGGGAGUGUUGCAGAGCAAGCGGCCCUCGAGCUUAGACCAGGAAGCUGCAGCUCCUUCAUUUGCAGACAUGGGGAAUGCGAUCAGUUUCCUUAUCCAUGUGGGGAAGGAUCCUGGGCUCCCUAAUGAGGACGAUUCAGUUCUACUCUCGGAAGAGCACAGUCUGAUCCUGACCUGUUGCUGGGUCUCAGUGAAAGAAAUCGGGCUGCUUUUGGGAGGCCUGGCAGAGAAGAUUCUGCCCCUUGAGCCCCCGGCAGGCUGUCUUCUGCCGCUCCAGGUUGUAAAGAUGGCUGCCAAGGCGUUCCAGGAAAUCUUGCUGACGUGCCGCCAUUGGGGAGCAGUGGAAGGCUGCAGCCUGGGAUUCACGAAAUUCUGUGCUGCUUUGCUAAGUCACCCGGACCCAGAGCUCCAGGAUAUACCAAGGACAGCGCUGGAGCAGGGUUUGGCUUUGUUAAGCAGCCCCAGGAACUGCUCCAUCACCCGCAGGGCAGCUGGCUUCCCCAUGCUGUUCCUGUGCAUUGUGGUUGGGGAAGACCCCUCCAAGACGCGUCCUCUCCUGGCGAACUGCGUUCAGAGGCUGCUGGCUUUAGCCGGUGAGCCUCUCCCCGGAGAUUGGGACCAGACGGUGGACUUGCCUCAGGUUUCGGCUCUCCACGUGCUGCAGACCCUGGUCCGUGGCUCCGGUCUUGGCACAGCCCUGAACCAGUACGUUACGUCCAUGGUGGUGUUAUUUCUCGAGGCGCUCCGCUCCCCCAGCUGGGCCAUGAGAAACGCAGCCAUCCAGCUCUUUGGUGCCCUGACUGUCCGUCUGCUCGGUCGGACGCGGAGUUGGGACGAUGGCUGCGAUCAGGAUGGAGUGAGCCCUGAGGCCCUUUUCACCCGCUACCCUCAGCUGAGGAGCAUUCUGCUCAAGGAGUUAGCCGUGGCUGCAGAGGAGUCCACAGGGCCCCAGAGAGGGAGGUUUCGACUCUGCCCGUCCCUCUACGCCAUCCUCACCUUUCUGGCAAAACUCCAGCCUGGUGGCACAGAUACAUGGAAUAGUGAUACCAACGCCUGCUUCCUGGAGCCCCUCGUCCGGCUUUCCGGAAACCCCAUACAUGCCGUGAGGGUGAUGGCAGCCAAGGCCUUGGUCCCGUUAGUUCCUGCGGCGGAAUAUGGAGGUGUCCUCUUCCGACUGGCCUCGGGUUUGCCGCUGCCGGGGGAUGUGCUUUGCCACAAUGCCCUGCAUGGCAGACUGCUGCAGAUCCACGCCGUUCUGGCUCAGGCCCUGAAUGCAAACUGUCUUCCCCCCGACGUGCUGUUCUCCAUCGCUGGCCAGUUGGAAGACCGCCUCUGGUUGCUCACCCCCACGCAGCCAUGUCCCCUCGUUCGCAUGGCCUACCUCCAAGCUGUUUCCCUCCUGAUUGUAAGCUGUUCUCGAGAUUUUGAGCAGCGAGUUCGAGAGGUGGUGAGCAGCGAACUGGCCAACUCCGAGCCCUUAGUGAAGCCUGGUGCAUCUCAGGUUCAGAUUGGUUCUGCCACAUUCUGCCAGCAUGCAGCCUGCUUCCUUUGUCAUGAGGCCGCGAGUUCAGGAGCUCCUGAGAGAAUUGGCGAAGUUUGCUUGCUCCUGCAAAGGGGGAACGUCGAUGUGCAAGUAGCCAUUCUGACCUGGGUGACUGAAAAGGAGGAGGAAAACUGUCUGAAUUCUAGCCAGGAGUUGCAAAUGGUGUUACUGGAGAAACUAGGUCAGAUGCUGAAAAAAGGGGCCAACAACGUGCUUCUGAAGUUAUACCUAGAAGCUUGUGUGCAUCUCUGUAGCAAGCUGAGCUUUCGGAGCCCGGCUUCUUCUCACGAGCUGCGGGGAGCUGUGCUUGCAGAGACCAAGAGAGACCUGCUCUCCAUGGUGGGGAACGAUGAUCUCAGCCCAGAGCUUCUGGGACAUGUGCUGUGUCUUACUCCUUUGCUCCUGACUCCAAGUACUGAGGAUUAUCCUUUACUGGAACAGUGGUGUGCAGUCAUCGACCAGUGCAGCAACCCCUUGUCUUCAGAGGUGCUCAGAAUGGCUGUGGCAAAGUCGCUGAGAAUGUCUGGAGCCGAUGUGCUCUGGAGAGCCCAAGAAUCCUCCAGCUCGUCCCUUCGUGCCCUGGCAUUACGACUGAUUGGUGUGGCCGUUUGCCUGCUUCAGGACGAAGACCAGGAAGUGAGGCACGAGGCCUCCAUCUUUGCCAGCCUCGUGGCGCAACGACAGCAGGCGGCCCUGGGGCUUCCCCCUCAAAGCGGCUGCAUCUUGCUUCAGAGCAACAAGGGCCUGGUUCUCCUACUGCAGUUCCUGCUGGAGAAGUUUGGGGAUUGCCCAGAAGCCUUUGCAUCUUUGGUGUGUCACCUUCCUUCUGUGGACCUCGGAGACGCCUUGGCAGAGUUAGAAGCCAAAGGGGUCGUCAGUCUUUACAAAGAGGACGAGCCCAACGUUUACGCAGAACCAGUUAUCUUUUCUCAAACGCUGCUGCCUUUUCUCCUCCAGCUGCUUGGCAGAGCGUCCACCUCCCUGAAGCUUUGGGUACCCAUGCAGUGCUGGCUAAAAGCCACUGGGCCCGGAGUCUUCUCUAGCCUCCAUCACUGCAGGCUGUGGUGGAGCCAAGGAGCCAACAUGGCAACAGCCAAGGCGAAGAGGAUCAAGUUUUCUGAUGAGGAGAAGUUCCUGAUCCUGGAAGGAUUUGCUCUCCGCAAGGACAUCCUGAUCCCGAAGAGCGGCCGCUACAGCAAUACCGUCGCCCGCCAACGGGCCUGGGAGGAGAUCGCCGCGGCCGUCAACUCUCUGAAUCCUCUCAUUCAGCGCACGCCGCAAGAGAUCCUCAAGAAGUGGAAAAACAUGGUGGUGGACGCCCGCAAGAGUCUGAGCGUGGAGAAGCACCCUCUGCUGCAGAGGCAGCCCCGGGAACGCCUCUUCCGCGAUAUCGUCGCUCUCCUCAAUAAAACGGACCCCACGCUCCCCAGACCGUUGCUUUACGGUCCUGGCUUGAGAGCUGAGUCUCCGGGCAGCCCCGGAGGAGACGCGUCGCCAACAAUCCACGCCGAGGUGCCCUCAAGCUCGCCUUGCCUGUCGUAUCUCCACAACGACAGCCACUACUGGCAGCCUUGCCGAAUUGAGGCUCCCGGAAAGCCCAAAGCCAACGGGGGAUCGCCACAGGCAGAUUUAGCAAGGCAGAACUUUGCCAGCCUCUCGCAGUCCGGGGACGACGUCGAACGACGUGGAGAGGACACUCGAGAGAGAGGGGGAAAGAUGUCGGCGGAGCCCUGCAAGGGGGUCUCGUUGAGCUACGUGCAUCACUCAGACCAGCCGCACUGUGCGCAAAUCCCCAGGAUGCUUUUGCCCCAAAGGGGGGAAUCGGGGCGGUCCAGUGUUUGUAGAAUGCCAGAACCUAGUACCUGCUCAUCAGACUUGCCUUUGUCAUGUAAGCUUGAGUGCCCUUUAAGCCACCAGCUGGAAUGUCCUUGUCUGGGAACUACCUGCAGCCCCUUGAUUCAAAACAGCAGCAUUGGGAGUUCCGGUGCCAAAGGCACCCCCUCCGCCCUCGAUGAUCACGCUGAAGAUUUGCACCCCAGCCAGAAGGGUUGCAGCACGCUAACCAGAGGCCCAUCCAGAGAGCUUUUGGAGAGGCAGAGCCAGCUGCAAACCGAGGUUCUAGAACUGCAGAAGGAAACCCUCCAGCUGCAGAAGGAAAAGAUCCUUCUGGAGAAAGAGAAACUGUUGUUGGAAAUCCUCAAGCUCCGCCGUGAGCUGGGCACAUGAGAACAGUGUCUGAGAAGUUCUUCUCUUCUCUGAAUUUGAGCUUUCCACCAGGAACUUCAUGCAUCUCAGAGGGAGGGCAGGACUCGGAGCCAGACUCAGUGUGAGUGGGUGUGAAAUCGUCACCACCAUCACUGUACCCUUGAGCAUGCACAGAGUGCCUUUCUCAUCACCAAGCGCCUGUAAAUCACUGAUUGGCUUCUGGGCUUAGGAACAGGGCUUUCAGAUGUGUCUGGCGACUCCAAUCUCUUUGCCCUUUCCGUAUAUCUCAUUUGGCCCUCCAGAUGUUGAUGGAACACAACUCCCAACAGCAAGGGAUGAUGGGAGUUGAAGUCCAGCCACACCUAGACAAUCACACAUCUCCCGAUCCUGCCAUUUGUCAAAGAGACACUCUACAGAUUCAGAGCAUCCUUAUUCACGUAAACGGUGAAUUGUUGAAGUUGGCGAACAGCAACGUUCUCCUUUCUUACAGGGCCGGGGAACCGUGAGGGCCUCAGUCCGGGGA